UUUUUGCAGGAUGUCAGAGGCAGCUGCUGAGAGCCGGAGGUCCGGCCUUCACAGGCAUAUCACCGACCGCUCCGAGAAAUCUGCCUGUCAGGACUUUUGCAGCUGUCAAGCCACAGAGGAAAAACCAAAAAGAGGACAAAGAGAAGGAAGUGAAGAAAGAAAGGAGGGUCAUCGAUGACUCGGACAGCCAGAAGCCCUACGGCUUCACAGGGUGGGCGCCUGUGGAUGACGUGUACGUUCCCAGGUUCUACCCGCGGACCAACUACGGAGCAGCUGAGUCCGUCGACAUGCUGAAGACCUUUCAGAGGUUGGACUUCACCCCCCUCAAACAGCCUAUCUUCGUCGAUCUGAGGCUCAACAUGAAGCUGGAGAAAAAGAAAAAAGUAGAUGCCUUCGUCAGCACGGUGCACCUACCGCACCCCUUCAAGACAGAGAUGAACAAAGUUUUAGUUUUCACCGCAGACGCUAAUCAAGCUCAAUUUGCCCUGGAGAGCGGAGCAGUGUUCGCUGGAGGAGUGGAGCUCAUACAGCCGAUCUUAGAUGAUGAGAUUUCAGCAGACUUCUACAUAACGGUGCCAGAUAUGCUGCAGGAAGAUCGUACCGCUGAAAACAAACUGAGGAAGAAGUUUACAAAGAGAAAGAGAGGCGCAGUCGGCAUCAACAUUCUCAAAAUGCUGGAAAUGUUUAAAACAGGUCAUGAGUACAUGGUGGAGAAUGACUGCUACGUCAGGACCCAGAUAGCGAUGCUUGACAUGACCGAAGAACAAAUCUUAGCCAACCUGGAAACUGUCCUGUUGGAUGUCUGCUCCCAACGACCAGCUGAUAUGGGACCUUUCAUCGAGCGGGCGAUCAUCGCCAGUAAAACCAGUGAAGCUCUGUGGUUUAGGAGUGAAGACCUUUUACAGAAACCAACAGAGCAGCAGCAGGAGGAGGAAAAAGCUGUUCUCACAAUUUAAAUGUUCACUUUAUUAAAUAAAGUAUUUGUCCUGA